CUGUGCCAGUGUUUAUCCAACUAUACACUAAAAUAUUGGUGAAUUCUGAGCAUUUUCUGCAUGUAUUAUUAUACUUCCUUGCAGCACUGAAAUAGAUCUACCUACCUAUACUGUAGCUUCCUAAAAAUGCUUUCUAUUUAUGAUAUUAUUCAGAAACACUGAAAACGAUACAAUUAUAGACUAGUAUAAUUAUGGUAUAACUUUAAGCACCUAUACUACUCGAUGUACCAACUAUAAUUAUACCCAAAUACGAUUGUGCAUCAGGUAUUUUUACUGUCCAAUAAUUUUUUGACCGUUUGAAAUCUACAUGCACCGACACUCUUGUUUGCAUCCUUCAAAUACUUGCACACAUGAGUAUACUGCAUGCAUCAAAUUUUUACACACACACACACACACACACACUACUAUCUAUUUGUUUUGACUAUUUUCUUUUAAAAGCCAACUUGAAGUAUCACAGCAACCAAUAUCAAGUCCAAGUUAGAAGAUAAGUCUUAUAAUUCAUGUCAGCUUGACCUCAACGUUUUAUAGCUUUACAAUAAUUAUUCAGCAUGGCCCCCAGUGAAUAGAUGUACAAUAACUAUUGGGUGUUAUAUAGCACUGUAGUUGUAUGUGACCAUAGAUAGAAGAGUAAGAGGGAUUGGUAACGGAAGCAGUUCACGUGAUCAUUUUACAUUGAACUGCAGUAAAACCUCGAAAACUAUCUGCGUUACGCCCUAUAGGCUAUUUUGCCGGGUAACUCGCUCAAAAUAAUAAAGUUGUGUUUUCUCAAGACAUAAUCUUUUUCAGCAAUUUAUAACGCGCCCAGUCUGUGAGCCACGUGUUGCACUUGCUAAUGACUGACCACACCCAGUAAAAAGGGACAUUCCAGGAAAGUUUUAGGCAAACAGCUGCUAUUUAUAGUCUUGUAUUGCUAAAAUGUGUAAGCGUGCUGGUUAUAACUGCUAAAAUAGGUAUAGACCUUUAAAUAUGAGUGAGUUGCACAGACUGAGCAUAUAUGCUUGUGGUAUAUUAUGCACUAUGUGUAGAAAUAGGCCAUCAGCUUGACCUACCCGGACCACCCCCAUCUACAGCUUUAGCUUGUUGACACAGCCUCGAUUAAACCGCGGGUAACGCGGAUGUUACACGAGGGUACUUCCGUUACCAAUCUCUCUUCCUCUUCCAUCUAUAAUGUGACUGAAUGCAACAGAUGAAUGGGGAGAGUUGGUGCACCGUUAUAAAGACUCUUUAACCCAUCAUUCUCGGCUCUCCAGGCUGAGCAUCUGUUUGCUUUUUUGUUUCUGUCUGUUCUCUACCUUAUGGUGUUUGCCUUUCUAUGUUAACCUACCCUUUAAUUGUGCAUACUUUAAUUAAAGCACAGAUUCUAAAUUUAGGAAUCAAUCAGAUCAGCAUGUCAGCAUGGCCAGUUGGCCACCCCCAGUAACAUAAUGUGGAUAUGGACAUACAUGUAGACAGCUAAUUAUGACAUAAUAUAUACUACUUCUAACCAUUGGUGUGUGUAGAAACGAAGACGCUUGCAGCAUUUUCUUAAAAAAAGCACAGCCUCUAAAAAAAGACACAGAAAGUAAAAUUCUUUAUCAAUUACUACAUCUACAUAAUUACCCAAACCCCCUCCCCCUGGCCUCCCCUGAGAGUAUUAAAAACCAGCAGAUCAGACUCAGCAGAUCAGACUAAAAAAACACAAUUCAAGUAAAAAGACUAGAUUACAAGAACUGAAGGUAACUACAUAGUAAAUUGCAUAUUAUUGUUAGAAGCAUGAAUACAAAUAAUAAUAUAUAGCUAGCUUACCAACUUAUAGUACAGUUAUUCCUGCAACCAUGUGUCUCAUAAGCAAGUUAACGUGUAAGUGCAUUAUGGAAAUAGGAGAGGUGGCACCCUCUUCUCAGUUCCUCACAAUUUUUGUUUGUUUGUUUUAACCCCUCCAACACACACACACACACACACACACACACACACACACACACACACACACACACACACACACACACACACUUGCAGCCGAGACAGGAGCGAUCUACAUCAAUGCAGGUACAAUUGUUACUUAAAAGGCAAACAGCUUAUAGGAAACAAACAACACGAGCAACUGUUAUUCACACAUUGCAUUUAGAGCGAUGCUCUGUUUAACAACGGUAUCCAUAUCAUCAUCCCAUGCAUGACAACAUGCCAUAAAUCACCUUACACCCUUCUUAUAUAUAAUUAUGUAAACAGGCAUUAACGCACAAGACAAAAUGCAUAAGCUUUCCCUUCCCUUAAUUAGUACAAUGUGAUAUACAUAUACAAAACCAACACUACUAUAGUCAUAGCUAAAUCUCUGAUUACAUGCACUAUAUGUAAACGAUCAGCUUUCUGACAACUUCAAUGAGAAUAUAUACCACCCUCUCUAGCUGUAUAUGUAUUUUCAUUGUGUAAUUUAUUACAAGAAUUGGAUGUAAACAAUGAUAUCAACAGACCAUUUUUACGCUGUUGAAACCACCCAAAAAUGACUUUUGGCAAGCUUUCACGAAAAUAGUUCACCCAAAGCCAUACUGGUGAUUCUCUCAUUGCUGAGCAUGAUGCUAAGCGGCAGUGGUUGAAAUCAUCACUGCAGUGUCUUCUCGAGGCAGAAUGUCAACCAAUUAAGAGUUUCUGCAUCAGAUAGUUAGCAUGCACAAACCAGGAUAUGGUACGACCAUGCAUAUCGAUUAAAUGUACAUGUACAAACAAUCUCUCAAAAUUCUGUUUUAGCACACUCGUGCACAUUCAUUCACUAGAUAGUGAGUUGCAUGCAUGCCCUCUCUUCCUUUAUACGCCCUUGCUAUACAUAUUUCUCUAGCUGUAUAUGUAUUUUCAGUGAAAGUAAUAAUUUAUUACGGUUACAACACAGUUUAUUAUUGUUUUAGACACUAGUUGAUAAGAUCUACAUGGGAAGUACAUGGGAAAAAUGCCUCAGAGCAGGUAUACUAUGGGACUUAGUAUACCUGCAAAUUUACUUAGCAUUCCGUUGUCAAGUAAUUGUAUCAAGCGGUUUGCGCAUGCGCACUAGUAUCUAAAUGAGUUAGACACUGUUUUGUCGGUGUCCAUGUGAUUUAGAAGCCCUCAGCCACUUUAGUACCCUCACUACGCCCGGGAUACUAAAUCAGAGCCUUUGGGCUUCUAAAUCCCAUAGACACCUCCAAAACAGUGUCUAACAAUUAGAUCUAUAGACACACCCAGAUACAAUUAAUUUAUCCCAGGCCUACAAGUUGGUGACCUAGCGUUAUUUUAUUUUAGAGACAACUCGGCCUGGGGAAGAUCACAGAUAUUUGAUAUGCAUAGCAGCAGUUGCUAUGUUGAGCUACAUGUAGAGAUGAAGAAGAAGCUGGGAAAUGAAAUUUGGAGACUGAGGAUAAACUGGACUUUCUCAGCAUUUUUGAUAUCAGUGCUGUGGACCAGUACAGUCAUAGAUCAAAUGUCGUCAAAUCACAGAUUUGUGACUAAUCCGAAACAAAAAGAUCUUAACCAAACGGCGAACAGCAACAAUGUUGAGGCAGGAUUAGGAGGUUCUGAAUUAUUUUACUCGAUGGUAACAAGCUCGAUUCAAUUUGGUGCUGUUAUUGGAAGUCUAUCAAUGGGUCUUCUUGUCAAGUACCUACCCUACUGGUAUCUGUUUAACGCCUCUCUAUGUGCACUCAUAAUUGGAAACAUCUUGUACGCUGUUUCAUACACGGCCUGGCUUCUUUUAGUUGCCGAAUUGCUUAUUGGGCUUUACCUGGGAUCAUACUUGACCCUUAGUUAUAGUUAUUCUAUAGACAGCAGUGUUGAGUAUAGCCAGCUACAGCAAGAGAACAACAAGACUACUCACAGUGAAAGAGAGAGCUCUAAGAUGCGUGAUUUACUGUUUGGAAUAGAAGGAAUGGGACGUGGAGUUGGAUUUUUCCUUGGACCAGGUAUUGGCGUAUUGAUGUCUUAUUUUUCUGUUGACCAAUUUCGAUCAGUUGGUUGGCUAAACACAGCUCUGAGCUUGUGCACUUUUAUUCCAUUCAUCUUUUUGUUUCGUGGAGAAAGAAGUUGCAAAGUUAAAAAUUGUCAAAUGAACUGCAGUUUCAAACAUACAUGUCAUUCCAACAUGGCUAUGAGCAAACUAUCCGUGCUUAUAAUCAUUUCAAUGCACCUACUAGCAUACCUGCUAGCCAUUGGAUGGGGAGUGUUCAAUGCAUUAUUGGCCCCAGUUCUAACUGACUCUUUUGGUUUUGACAUAAACUUUACAGCUUACUUUAUUCUGGCAUUCACUAUUCCAAAAGUCGUUGGAUCUAUUCUUUUGAUACUCCUUCAAAAAAUUGGAGUAAGUGUUCAAGUGGUAGGCAUUAUUGGAAUUUUGAUUACCAUUUGCGGCUAUCUGGUAAUGACAGACUGGCAGACUAUACCAUAUGACCCCUGUACUGAGUACAGUCCCUACCACCAUCCAGAACUGCUACAGAAUGUCCCAGCAAUGAACUAUACAAGUCGCUAUUCAACAGCUGCUACUAGCAGCAGUAUUCUAUUGCAAAGCUCUAUCAAACUCAAUUUUGAAAAUAACAGAACACAAUCGUUGUCACUUCAAUUGCCUAUUCAAAUGUUUGAACGUUGCAUGCAAACUGCACAUUGUGACUGUAACAGGGACAAAUCAAAGUGCCUCACUUUUGACAUUGCAGAUGAACACAUUUUUACCAUACGAAACACUGUGCAAGACGAAAUAAAGCAGCUCGAAGCAUUCAACUGUUCCAUCCACCCAUACACAAUAUGUUUGAAGCGACCAAUUAAUUUAGAAACUCUAAAUAUUGAAGCUCAAAGUGUGCAAGUCCUCACAAAUAAUCAGUUCAAUACAGCAAGUAAUGUUUGUAUUGAGGCAAUCAUACCUCACCAUCGUUGUCAUUGGAUACCGUUCACAAUGUUCACAGGGAAAAAAUGUGCAGAUUGCCCACCUAUCUGCAGAAGCACUCACCAAACACUAACUCUGACUCAGUUUGUUGUCGGAGUGUCGUUGUUUAUGAUUGGCUACUCACUUGCCUGGGUAACAGUACUAGCAAUCUCCUCAAAUGUGACACCAAAACCACUACAAGGGAUUGUGAUGGGCACUCUAAAUACAGUUAACACUCUUUCGGAAGCAACAAGUCAAAUUUUCCUGGAUGCAGCUUAUGAGGGGAUGCAGAAACGAUUAUUUGUCUCCACAAUAACAGUUGCCAUUCUGUUUGUGCCAUUCUUGUUGGAGCUACUAUUGCUUCGCCACCAAAACAUUGACUCACCUAACAACAAAGAGGACAAGACUGGAGGCGCUGAAGACACCACUGCCAUGCUGGAAGGACUAGAUAAUGAUAAAUAGAGUCAUUCAUAACCAAUAUCAAUAUCAUAAUUAUAAUACUCUGCAUGCUCAUGCAUAAUAAUCAUUUAUUUAUAAACUG